GUUUUAGAUUGUUUGCUGGCUGAGUGUGAAUCUGUCAAUUUCGUAAAGUUAACUCGUCUACAAAACCAAAUAAAAUAUCGUAUUUUAUUACUUCGCUGUUUAUGAAGUAAAUAAUUAUGGCGAACGUGAACACAGGUGAACUUUUGGACUUCCAGGACUAUUCUCCUGAGCAUAAUAAUCGAAGUGCCCGUAUUGACGUGGAGGCAGUGCACACAAAUCAAUACAACAACACUAUGUCAAAUCCAAACUAUACUUUUGAUGAGCCCAAAACGAUUGAAGAACCGGAGGCUGCCCCUCAAACGAACCACAAUUUCUGGACCAUAGAAUACUAUCAGAAAUAUUUCGAUGUGCACACAAAUGAGGUGGUUGAGCGCAUUAUAUCCUCUGUACUGCCACAAAAGGUAUCUCGCAACUACUUCGAUGAAAGGAUCAAGGGAAAGCCAGAUCUGUAUGGACCUAUUUGGAUUUCUGUCACCCUGAUAUUCACAAUAGCAGUAAGCGGUAACAUAGCCAGCUACUUGCACAAUGCUAAUAAGAAAGGCUUUGUAUGGCGCUACGACUUCCACCUGGUGUCUAUUGCUGCGACGGCCAUCACCUGCUAUGUGUGGAUCGUACCACUGGCUCUCUGGGCUGCAUUGAAAUGGACCUCAACUACUGAUGGACAUGACGAGAUAGAGAAUCAGGAUGCAAAGUCACCAACAAUGAUGUCACUAUUCUGCCUAUAUGGAUACUCACUCUCCAUAUACAUUCCCGUGGCAGUACUAUGGACAAUCCAAGUCUUCUGGCUGCAAUGGCUCUUCGUCCUGAUGGCCGCUUUCGUGUCCGGAGCAGUACUUAUCUUCUGGCUCAUGCCAGCACUUAGGAAAUCUAGAUAUUUUCUCAUUCUCAUCGGAUCCAUACUCGCUUUUCAUUUCCUUUUAGCAGCUGGUUUCAUGUUGUACUUCUUCCAUCAACCCAACACGACUGAUGAUACUAUUGUUUCGACUGUGAAGCCCUAAUGGAAUUGUACGUAGUUUGUUUUUUUAAUACCGGGGUCAAAAUCUGUAUGCUCACACUUUUAGGAUCAGUUGAAAUAGUUUAUACUUGACUUUCUAAUUAUUCUAAGUACAAAGUCGUUAAAGAUGUAUCAUGGUGCAUACAGAUUUUGACCCGAGUAGUCCAUUUAUUUAUACUAUAUUAUUAUAGGCAUAGGAACUUGUGAUGGGGAUGACAUUAACAUCCCGCUUACGUUAUGCCAUCGUAUUAUAGUGUUGAAACAGUGAUAUGUUUACUAUUUCACGUUAUUUUAUUUAAGGUACUAUAGCUACUUCAAGUAAGUGAUGAGUUUCAAUGUAUUUUUUGACGCACACACAGGUGAAAAUAUCAAAUUAUAUUAUUGCUCGAAAUUGUGUAAAGCAUGACAAUGGUAAAUAGGAGUUUAUAAGAUCCUUAAUGUCAAAUUAUUUCCCUGCCAUUUACUUGCACAAUAUACGUUUAUAUACGUUUAUACGCAAAAUAAAAAAAAAAAACCGUCAUUGUCUGUUGUGUCAAGCUAAGUCACCUAUUUAGAUAUAAAUUAUUAUAAUUUGUUAAAUUAAUCAUAAUAUAUGUACUUCAUUUUCACAUUCCUAAUGUAAAAAGUCUUAUAUUUAUAAAAUAAACGAAUAAAUGUUUUAAAUAAAUAAUAAA